CCAAAACCUGGCUGUACACAACAUGGAAGCUCUAGUCAGGAAUACUAGUCACCAAGUUGAGUGUGUAUAUGUGCACAGGUUCAGAAGGUAACAACACCAGAGGUCCAAACACCACCGACUGGCAAACACAUUGGGCCACAGGACUUCCAAGACCACCCUAUAAGCCAACUCUAGAAGCCAAGGACAGUUGCCCGGAUCAGAAUAAAGGAUCUACAGCAAGACCAUAUGCUGGGCCAUAUGACAGGCAUGGAAAGCACCUACAAAUAUUCGGGCAUUUUCUAAUCACACGGGAACCACGAGGCAGGAAUGUGUAGGACAGCAGCACCCAAGUUUCUCAAAGGGGUAAAGCAGGUUCGGAAAUUUCUACACUAAAAACGAGAGCAACCACCAUUUCUCUACCGUAAUACAGGAUAUAUGCGCACACCAAACUUUCAGUAUAGAUAUCGCGGAUGGCUUGACCGCGCUUUCUGUUUCGAGUCGGUAACGUCUGAUUCGGUACAUCGUAGGAAAUUAGGCAGGAUUUAAUCUAUCUGGAUGCUGAUUUACGUAUUAUUCGAGGUAUUUUUCGAGGUAGCCAGCCAGUGCCCCAACACGCGUGACUUGCGUUGGAUUGUGCGGCUGCGCAACUAGGCAGGAAGUCCCCGCAGCCUUUAACCAGCUGAUACAUCAACAACCGAAGGACCUGGAUCGACGACACUGGCCUCCGGAUACGACAGGAGAGCACGACACCUUUGACAGCUCCGGAGGCUUCCAGCAGACUUCAGAAGUACCCGAGGAGGGAGAGACAAGGCUGCUGUCCAGCGCUCGGGUCACUGCGCUCGCAGAGAGGAAACCCCCCACCCCGCGGGGCCCCUGUCACCGCGCCUCACGGCCAGCACCCUUCACUCCACCAUGAGCACCCGUGGGAGAGGCCGGGUCAACGGGAGCCUGCCCCAGACUAAGAUCUGCCAGUUCAAGCUGGUGCUGCUAGGAGACAUGGCAGUGGGCAAGUCCAGCCUGGUCCUGCGCUUUGUCAAGGGCCAGUUUGACGAGUUCCAGGAGACCACUAUUGGAGCUGCCUUCUUGGCCCAGUCGGUUUGUCUGGAUGACACGACAGUGAAGUUCGAGAUUUGGGACACCGCUGGACAGGAGCGCUACCACAGUCUGGCCCCCAUGUACUACCGCGGCGCUCAGGCCGCCAUCGUCGUGUUCGACAUUACCAAGCCGGAGACGUUUGAGCGGGCCAAGGCCUGGGUGAAGGAGCUGCAGAGGCAGGCGAGCCCCAACAUCGUCAUCGCCCUGGCGGGAAACAAGGCCGACCUUGCUGACAAGAGGCUGGUGGAGUACGAGGAGGCUCAGACGUACGCUGAGGACACAGGCCUGUUGUUCAUGGAAACCUCUGCCAAGACCGCUAUGAACGUCAAUGAGUUAUUCCUGGCCAUCGCAAAGAAGAUGCCAAAAACGGACACCCAGAACCCAACGCAUGCCGCUCGACAUCGGGGAGUCAAUGUCCAGGAUCCAGAUGCCCACUCCACUCGGAGCUGCUGUGGGAACUAAACAGCUGCCAACACCCCAUCUGCAUCAACAAGGGAGACCACCGACACCCUGUCUUACCCAAUCCCCUCCCCUCCCCUCCACCCUUUCGCCUCCAGGACGGAGAGACACAGAGAGAGAGAAACCUGAAGGAUACGAGGAGAGUAUUGGGUCCCUCACUGAUGCCAGAAAGAGAUUCCUGAGAUGGGAAAUCUGAUGCAAAACAAAGGAUUAAGUGGGAAUUUUGUAGUUGGUAAUGGGACUGUGUGUAGUAUCUAACACUUAAUUGUGGAUGUCUUUUGGUUUUUGGGUUUUUUUCCUUUCAUUUUGUCAACAUUCAUUCUGGAGUACGCAAGCAGUUUAGUGGUUAGUGUAAUUUUGGAUCUGCAGAGAAGUGAAAUGAACAGCAAAGAUAAUUACAGAUUGAGAAAGUUCGAUAUUCCGCUCGACAAAUCAGAAGAAAACGUGGAGAAAAUGAUGACGGCAAGUUCUUCUUUCCGAAACACGUUCCCUUACUUGGUCAUUUACCAGAUCAAGGAGGUCCCUUGUGCCCCUUGGCUAUCCUCAGCAGGCUUCCAGCCAUGAGGCCAAAUGUCCACUCCUUCUCUGGCAGUACUGCCAUGAGUCAUCGCUCUCCAGUUCUCCUCUGGCUCUUCAGCACUGAGUACAAUCUAGCUCUGUCAGUCGCGCCGUGUGGGGAAAAAAAGGCUCAGUGUAUUCGGUCAGGUGUGAGAAAACCUCAGCGAUCUCUGUCAAGUAAAUAAAGUCGUACGUGGAAACGCCCUGGCCCCAGCACCCGUUUAUUCCUCCGUGGACCUAUUCUCCUGCACGCAUGCAGGCUUUAUUUCUACGUCUGUCUUGGACAACGGGAAACGUCUCAACUGUCCCUCUUUUGGCAUAACCUCCAGCUGGUUGUGCCCACACCGGUCAUGGAGUCCCGUGUUUGCUGAUGGGGAAAAAACAACAACACAAUGCCUGUUUGUAAUGGCCGCUCGUUAAAAACUACUGUUCAGGAAACUUGGGCAACCAUCUGUAAUCUACUCGUGUUAAUGACAAAGAAAUGAUUGGUAACCAUUUUACUUUUGCUUCUUGACAUUUCUGAGUGCAGAGGUUACAUAGAACCGGUCUUCUUGUGCUGUGUGUCUUAAAGCAACAGUAAAAAUAAAAAAUAAAAGCAAUCAAUCGCUUUCAAUGCAUAUUACUAAAAAUCUAAUGCUGCGUGAUGCACUGCAGAGGAAAGUGGGGGCGAGGGGAGUUUUGCCCACCUUAAAUGUCCCAGUAAGGUUGGACAAAACAGAAGUGCCUACUCUCUGCUUUUUCAGUGUUUUUCAUUUUGGGCUCGCUCAUGGCGCAUUUGAGUUGAAGGCUUGUCCGAAGCAGGGCUUCCUAGCCCGGUCCUUAAGAACCAGGAGCCCAGUCACGCUUCUUUUGCAGCCUGUAAAGUACCAGGCGUCAGUCUCCCACUGUCCUGUUUUCCAACCUAGUCUUCGAGGCCCAGACAGUCGAAGUUUUUGCCCUGUCGCAGCUCCCGACCCAACUGUAGCAGGAUGUAUGGAUUCCUGAAGGCACAGUCAACAAAAUGUGGGCUGUCUGUGGCUCCCCAAGGACUGGGCUGAAAAAUAAUGCCCUACAUCUGUGUUAUUUGUUUUGAGUGUAUUGGAAGCUGGGAGAGAGCAAAAAAACAUGGACUAGAUGGGUUAUUAAAAUGGUUGGGGAUCCUCUGGCCUAAUGCAUAGCGUUUCUGAGACCUUGAUCUGAAGUGUAUCAAUAACCUGCAGCACAUUUGUAUGUUGAUGAAAGGUCCUUUAAAAUGUCUUGUUUUAUGGAUGCUGUCUGUUGUCAGUUUAUGUGUUUUAAAAAGGAUUCUAUCAAGUUUGAAUCCAAAAUUGGUUUAAGCUAAUAACCUUAUGGAUUGCCAAUACUUCAUGGUGAUUUAGGUAAUGAUACAUCAGCUGUGUUAAAAUAAUUUGUCAUGUCUCUCACAAUCAUUUUGGGUUUUGUGCUAUAGAUUUGAUCUCCUGUUAACACUUCUGUAAACGGAAAAGUUAAAUAAACCUGUGCUAUUCUGCUAUG